AUGUCAACCAUAUCACCCGUAAUAGUUGGUCAUCGAGGUUUCAAGGGCCAACAUCCUGAAAAUACCCUAGUAGGAUUCAAAGCAGCAUAUGAUGUUGGUGCAACAGUCUUAGAAACUGAUUUAUGGUUAACCAAAGAUAAUAGAAUAGUUAUUAGUCAUGAUGGAAAUACCAAAAGAGUAUUUGUUGAUCAAGAUGGUAAUGAAACUGAUUAUACCAUUACUGAAACUGAUUUUGAUACUUUAAAGGAAUUACGUACUCUUGAUGGUGGAUAUCCUUUACUUAGUUUCCAAGAUGUUUUGCAUUUUUAUAAAGAUUAUGUUGAUAAUAAUGAAAAGGAACAAGUUUUGAAAUUACAAUUGGAUAUUAAAAGAUUCAAUCCUGCAAAGAUUACUAAAUAUAUAAUUGAAGACUUACUUAUUAUUGAAGAUGAUUUAAAUUGGUGGAUCAAUAGAAUUCAAUUUGGUAUUUGGGAUUUAAAUUUCUUAAAAUAUUUAAAUCAAGAUGAUUUCUUUCAACAAAAGUUUAAGGCAGUUGAUAAUGGAUCAAUGUUUGAUAUAUUUCAUAUAAGUACCAAUUGGAGAGAUUCAAUCUUUUAUAUUAAUUAUAAUUAUUAUUUGGAUGGAGUAACCGAUAAUGAUAGAAUUAAAUUCAAAUUAAGUGGAGUUUCAUUAAUUUAUUUAGCAAGUUGGUCAGUUGGUUUCUUGACUAAAUUCGUUCCAUUAUUAAAAGCUCAAGAUUUAAAAUUAUAUUCUUGGACUAUAAAUCAUAGAUUACAAUAUGAUUAUUUAACAAAAGUAGGUAAAAUUGCUGAACUUAGCGAAUAUGGCGUCAUUAGUGAUUUUCCUGAUUUGAUGUUAUCCUUCAAACAUCAAGAUCAACUACCAAAAGAAGAAGAAGUAGAAGAAACCACACCUUUGGUUGGCUCCAUUACUGAUUUAUUGAGUGACUUAACUUUCAAACAAAGAUUAUCAUAUCAUAUUUUUAGUCAAUUUAAUUAUUGGGCAGGUGAUAAGAGAUUAACUGAAGAAGAAAAACAAUAUGAGUUACCAGUUGAUGAAAAUAAAAUUAGACAUAUUCAAAUCAAUUCUUAUGCAGUUUGGUUAUUCCAUAUUUGUCAAAAGUUUGGUAUCUUUUAG